AUGUGUGAACCAACACUACUUCAUCAGAUCGAAGACAUUUACUACCCUGUUCUUGCUGUUCUUGGCAUUUUUGUCAAUUUAGUAUCUAUUCUGAUCCUGACACGAGGAAAGUGUGGACUCUCUAAAUGUAUCACUCUCUACCUGGUGGCCAUGGCUGUGGCCGAUGUGUUGGUCAUUUGGACUGAUGUGAUACUGUUUACAGUCAUUCCUUUCCACUUUCCAGGUACAUAUCUGGUAACUACACCUGCUUAUUCUGUCUUGCUUGUACUAGUUUCUACAGCUACAGACAUCUCUGUCUGGUUCACUGUCGCUUUCACCAUCGAUCGUUUUGUUACAAUCUGUUGUAAGAAGUUGAAAAUAGAAUAUUGCACACAGAAAACUGCAGUUAUCAUUAUAAUAACAGUAAGUGUCCUGUUCAGUUUGAAAAAUAUUCCUUGGUACUUUGCAUAUGAGCCUGAAUAUGUCAUUGACAAUGUCUCCUGGGGUGCUAGUCUAUCACUGAUCUUUUACACCACAGAUACUUGGGUAGCAUUUGACUUUCUCAGCAUUAUAUUGACUCCUUUCCUCCCAUUUAUUCUGAUUUUACUGCUCAAUGCUCUGACUGUCAGACACAUUUUAGUGGCCAGCAGAGUCCGCAGGAAGCUACUGGAUCACAGCAAGAAUGAGAAUCACACUGACCAAGAAAUGGAGAGCCGCAGGAAAUCCAUCAUUUUACUCUUCACCAUAGCAGGAAGUUUUAUACUGUUAUGGUUGACAAAUGUUGUAUAUUUCCUUUAUUGGCAAAUUGUGAAAAUUUAUGAUUACACAGGUCCCAAUGAUCCUGCCUAUGUCACUGAACAAUCUGGCUACAUGCUGCAGCUUUUGAGUACCUGCACCAACACCUGUAUUUAUGCAGUGACCCAGACUAAGUUCAGAGAGCAGCUGAAAAAUGCAGUCAAAUAUCCAUUCACUGCAAUUGGGAAAUUACUGAAAUGA